AUGACUUUUAUCCCUCCUCAAGAAGAUAUUGUCCCUAGCCAGCUGGGACCGGAGUAUCUGGGUUUCGACCAUAUUCUUUGGUAUGUUGGCAACGCCAAACAGGCCGCAUCUUAUUAUAUCACUCGUUGGGGCUUCAAAUCAAUUGCCUACAAAGGGCCAGAGAAUGGCUCAAAUCACAUUGCUGGCCAUGUUAUAAAAAACGGAGACGUGAUAUUUGUCUUCAUUUCACCAAUAAUUUCUUUCCCUUGCAACAAGCUGGAUUACAAAACGACCUCGGAGGAAAAGCAACAACUCCAGGAAAUACAGGAUCACCUCUUGAAGCACGGAGACGGGGUCAAGGAUAUUGCAUUCCGAGUCAGCGCAGAUGUCAAACCCAUUUUCGACAAGGCAAUUGCUGCAGGGGGUCAAGCUGUGCAUCAACCGACUACUAUCAAGGACGCGGGAAAUGGAGUGAUCCAAACCUGCACAAUUGGAUCAUAUGGAGAUACAACCCACACACUCGUUAAUCGCAGAAACUACAAGGGCUGCUUCAUGCCCGGAUUUCAGCCGGUUGAUGAGAACGAUCCAAUUGAACGUUACCUUCCACAGGUUGAUUUCAUAAAUAUUGAUCACUGUGUGGGAAACCAACCCUGGGAUGGGCUUGAUCCUACCGUCAGCUUCUAUGAAAAGUGCCUUGAAUUCCACCGCUACUGGAGCGUGGAUGAUAAGGCCAUGUGUUCGGAUUAUUCUGCCAUGCGCUCGGUUGUUAUAGCUUCCCCAAAUGAGAUCAUAAAAAUGCCCCUUAAUGAACCUGCUGAGGGCAUGAAGAAAUCUCAGAUCGAAGAAUUUGUCGAUUAUUACAAUGGGGCUGGAGUACAGCACAUUGCCUUUCUAACAAACGAUAUCCUCAAGGCAAUCACCACUCUUCGUGAACGGGGGGUUAAGUUCAUCUCCGUCCCAAGCGGGUACUACGACGCCAUACGCGACCGCCUAGCGCAGGCCGGCAUGACCCUUAACGAAGACAUUGAAGCCCUUAAAGAGCAAAACAUCCUAGUUGAUUUUGAUGAACGCGGAUACCUCCUUCAAAUCUUCGCCAAACAUGUCGCUGAUAGGCCCACGGUUUUCAUCGAAGUCAUUCAACGGAACAAUUUUGACGGAUUCGGAGCUGGCAACUUCAAGGCACUCUUUGAGGCUUUCGAACGAGAACAGGCUUUACGAGGUAACCUUUGA